CAAGCAUCUAUGUUUACAAAUAUUUUCGUCUCCGUAAACAUCUCUUGCUCCAUCUCUUCUCUCUAUCUCUCUCUCUGCGAUGGGUUUCCCGACGGGUAUAAAGGAGCUUGAGAUUCCGGAUUACAUAUUUAACAUUCUUCACGUCAUCGGUUUCUUCAGAGACAUGAUCAACGCUCUCUGUCCUUACAUCGGUUUACCCCAUUUUUUAGACGAUGGCAUUCCUCGACCCGGCCCGAUCGUACCCGACAACACGGCCAUGACUCUCGCUUACGAGGUUUCCCCGGUUGUUCGUUUCUCGGAUCUUCAGACCGAUCUCGAAGACUGCUGUACGGUUUGUCUCUUCGACUUUGCAUACGAUGAUAAAGUUAGACAGCUUCCGAACUGCCGACACGUGUUCCACAAACGUUGCAUGGACCGUUGGAUCGUCGACUGCCGCAAGAUCACAUGUCCGAUUUGUCGAGACCGGUUCUUACCGGCCGAAUAUUACGCGCGGAUAAAUUCCGGUUUUGGUUCGGUUUGGUACAUUGAAGAAUCGGAAAGUAAUAAUAUUCUACUAUAAAGACCUUUGCAUCUGUUCUUCAGAUCUUGGUAUCUGAUCAGUAUUCUGUGUAUUUUUUUUUCAGUAUUCUGUGUUAAGUUUUAGUUUUCUAACAAAAAGUUCAAAAGAAAAAAGUAGAUUGUUUCAUGGUAAAAUUUUCUCACGUCUUCGUGAUAUGUUCUAGUACUGUAUAAACGUGAUGUGAACAAUUCAGUGAUAUAAAAUAACAGAUGAAUUCAUUAGAAAAA